GAUUUAAAUUACAUAAAAAUUACUACCUACUUUUAAUUAAAUAAAUAAAAAAUUUUCAUUACAAUAUUUGAUGAGUAUAUUGUGAACUUAGUGGUAGUACUGUAGUAGACGUAAAACAGAAAUAUUUCAACCAAUUAACAAAUGAGUAUAUACCUAUAUUAUCUGGACACGUCCCCAAAAAACAUACAAAAUACGCCACUGUCUACCACCACCACAAAGCAUGUGCUUAAGGGUGGUAGAUAUUUUUUUUUGUCUUAGAACUUUACUAAAUUGUUGUUUUAUAAUAUACAGUAAAAUAUAAUAUCAUCCUGAAAUUUUUUUUGCAUUGCAUUGCAUAAAGUAACAAUUUUCACUGCACAAUAACUUUUCUCACUGCACACUAAAAAAAACCCUGAAUACAAUUAUAUUUUAACGAGAAUCGAUGCGGCGUAAAUUCAGUUUUCUUAAACUAUUGUCGAGACUUUACUCGAGCAUGUCACCAAGUCAUAGUUUUACGUUUUAAUUCUCAGCUAUGAAAGUUUCAUCAAUUUUUUAACCACUAAGUAAUAUGUAAAUAUUGUCAACAUUUGAACUUUAAAUAGGUACUAAUAAAAAAAAUCGUGCCUUUUAUUAUUAUUUCUCAACUUCUAUUAUAACGACUUAUGAGGAAACUGCUUGAAUUGGGAAAAUGUUAUUCUCCAGUUACUUUAUUUUGAUUUUUUUUUUAAAAAUCGGGAAGUUCGAUUAGCGGUUAUACUGGUAUUUAUUGUAUUUUAUGAUAUACCCAAGUAAAAAUAUAAUACUUGUCUUUAAAAUAUUGUAAAUUAAUCCCGAGUAGUUUUGACACAGCGACUAACCAUGAUAUCUAACUUAACCUAACUAUGUGUACCUAUUAUGAUUAUGUGUAUACUGUGGUAUGUUUACAGUUUAAACUAUUUUAUCCGGACUUUUGGGAAUACGUACCCUUUUAAAUUAAAUCUUAAGAAGACGCUACACCUACAUGUGUCGUCUCCGUCUUACAAACAGCUACGUUGCACGGUCAAUGUUCUCCUUUUAAUUUCUAGUGUGAAUAUUUGGUCGCUCAAGAGGGCUGCAGCGUACCAUGUUUUAAGGAGUAAUAUUUAGGCAAUUUUUAAGACAUGUACAUUUAGGCUGUCUAUGCGCGAGAAGUAAAUGGACAAUAGGGUGUGUAAUCCGUUAUCGCUUUUGUCACAAUGCCGCCCGCCCAUUUCACAAAAUACGGAUUCCUGGAACUACGAUAGUAAUAAUAAUAAUACCUACUACUUUUAGAGUUACACCGAAAACCAAAAUCGAUUUUAUGGAAAGUAAAAAUUCCCGUUUUUGUUGUUUUUCCCAGCGCUUUUGAAAACUAUUGAGAAUUUUAAAAUUUUACUACCGAAUGCACCCACUAGAUUCACUUCCCCAUUGAACAAUAUAUAUACUCUUGAAGAAAAUCGAAGCAGUCUUAUUACUUAUUUUUUUGGCCUUAAACCCGAUAAAUAGUGUUUAUUAAGAAAUAAAAUGUAUGUAUAUACUUAGAAAAAGAACAGAAAAACAGUUGUUAAAUACAUUUUUUUGGACCCCCUCCCCCCUUGAAUAAAUCCUGGUUGCGCACUUGCGCUUCUGUGACCUGCAAUGACCCUGCAUUCGUGAUCUUCUUCUUAAAAAAAAUAAAAAACAAUAAUAUAUUAAUUUAUAAUUAUUAUAUAAAUAAUAUAAUGAAUAUACAAAAUGACGAGUGUUUUACAUGUACAUAAUUUAUAUUAAUUGAAUAUUUAUAAGUGUAUGUAAUACGGAUGUGGCACGAAACGUCAACAGGUUAAAUGUUAAAAUGUCGACAGUUGAAAUGUCGACCUAUCCAAAUGUACGAAAUGUCGACAGCUUAAGAGGACGUUACAUCGCGGACAUUAAUUGUUGUCUCCGUCUUACAAGUGCGUAACCUAUAGCAAAUUGUACGGUCAGCGUGACACAUUGACACGGCGUUUAUCUCCGUUGGUUUAAAAAUUAGUACGAAUUGACCUAUUAUAAAAUUUAAAUGUAAGACAAUAUUAUAUCUAGGAAAUCUCAUAUGCUUUUUAUUAUACUUAAAUUUUAAUGCCGACAGUCAAAAUAUCGAAAAGUACGAAAUGUCGACGGAUUAAGAGGACGUUACAUCGCGGACAUUUUUUGUCUCCGUCUUACAAGUGCGUAACAUAUAGCAAAUUUGACGCUCAGCAGGACACGGCGCUUAUCUCCGUUAGUUUAAAAAUGAAUGCGAAUUCGCCUAUUAUACAAUUUAAAGGUAAGAUAAUAUUAUUAUCUAGGAAAUCUCAUAGGCUUUUUAUCAUACCUACUUUAAUUUUAAAGCGAGUUAUGAGUAUUUUAAGUAUUUUAACAUACUAAUAAAAAGCUUACAUUGCCAAGACAAUAUCAGGGUAAUCUUACAUUUGAAUUUUAUAAUAGUUCAAUCCAUUCCAAUUUUUAAACUAACGGAGGUAAACGUUCUGCUGGGCGUACGAAUUGCUAUGUUACGCACGUGCAAGACGCGGAGACAACAAAUGUCGCUGGCCGGUGUAACUUCUUAAAUGUCAGUACUAUUGUAUAAAAUGCUAUAAUGGCAAUAUUAUUAUCUUGCUUUAUACAACACUGUACCUAAACGAUUAACAUAGGACGCUACACACCCAUGUAUAUAAAAUGUGUACUUAUGAAUAUAAAACAUAGCAAAUACGAUUUUGCGAGUGUAAGAACCACUCAGACUGAAAUCCAAGUUAAGGGGGUUGCAGCAAACGUAUUUUUUAUACGUUUUAGACCAAUAAGCGGUGGUAAAUUACACGUACUUCGGAAUGUCCGAUUUCAAUUUUUUAUACAUAUAUGAACUCAUUGACAAAAUAUCUAGGCUUCUUAGGAAGUCGAUUCUCCAUUUUCAAUUUAAAAUCACCUUAAAAUAACCAUUUUUUUUUUUAGAAAUCCCAUGAAAUAAUUGUAUUACAUUUGUAUUUAUUUUGGGCACAUCUGAUUUUAAAUUAAAAAAAAUAAUUCCUAAGAAGCAUAGUCUAGACUCUAGAAGUUUAUAAAUUCAACCAUUUUUUCGAAAUUACAAUCGAACUUCGGAAUGUAUGAUUAAUUUACUACCAGGGCCCGUCGUUAAGGGUAGGCUGCUGGCAUCUGCCCAGGGUCUCGCGCUUGUAGGGGCCUCGCAAUUCGCACUUUAAUUUAAUAUAUUGUACAAAAUUAUUACAUUUUUUAGUUUUGUAUUGGUAUUAUUUGUUUAAUCGAAUGAUUAGAUAUACAAUGUACAUUUUUAUUUUGUAUGGUGACAAAUAUUAUGCUGUUAAGGAAUUUUAAUAUUUUUUUAAAGGAUGUCCCAGGACGUUACUAAAAAUACGUUUCAUGGGGGACCACAACGAGAUUUUGGGUGAUCGAAAAGGUCACAUGACAAAUAUAAUAUAAAUUAAAGAGAAUGAUAAUAACUUUAAUCGUACAAUUAACGGCCCGUGGGGCUACACAGACUUUAUUUUUUGUAUUAACUUUUUGAGCCUUAGAUAUGCAUUUCUAACUACAAGAUGAUAUGUACAUUUUCGUGAUCCACCAUAAAAUAAUAGAACACUAAAGAAUGAAAACGCAAAUUGAGGCAGUUAAAAAAAUAUAAAGAAACAGAAACAUUUAAUAUAUAUCUAAUGAACGUUCAUGGAUGUGGAUUGUGUUUGUUAGUAUGGUUGGAGGGUGGGUAGAAGAGCUAUCGGGAUGAAUGAUGGGAGAGACUGCAGUUCUCCUAAUAGGAUAUUGUCGUUUGUCUGAUUUUCCCGUAGUUGGCACUACCGAUUUAUGUAGCUCCGUAAAAAACGACUACCACAGAGCAGGUACACAGACCACGUCUCUCCAUUAUGGUAAAAUAACACGUAGACGAGCGUGAGUGCUUGAAUUUUUCAAUCAUUGGAUAAGGAACUUCGGCACAUAACGAUACAAUAAAUACUAGUCCAAUCGCAUAGUGGAUGUCAAAAUAAUAAGGACCUGUUAAUUAUUCAAAAUAUACAAUGUAUUGGAGAUUUGUAAAAAUUAUCAGAAUGAGUACUUCAAUAAUUAUAGUACGAUUGUUGAUUUGUACGGUGUUAUUCGUACCACCAUGUUGCAGAGGGUUCAAAGAUCGUCGUAUUCUUAAUUUGGACGAACAAGGUUUGGUAAUAAACUCGACAAACUGGUACCAACAACUCGAUAUCUCCGAUGUAAACGAUGAAAUUCAAAAAGCUGUUGAAAGAAUUGAUAACAGAUAUCGUUCGGAGGAAAUUAUAUUAUCGAAUGUUAGUAAUUUGAUAAUUGGAAGCACAGUUCAUGGACAACUGAUAAAUUCCAUGCCUUCCAAAGACGGACAUUCAGAAUCUCGAAAUGCUGAAAUUAUAUUGGAAGUUACACAAAGUUUGAAGAAUACAUAUUGUCUAAAGCACGGGUUAAGUGAUGUACAAUGUGCCAAAGAUUUAACCAAGGGGGAAUCUGACGGGGGACAACAUUGGGUUGAGAUGUGUAUGCCCGAGUAUUACAACAACAAUUCGUGCAUCGGUAACGAGUAUGACUAUCGUAGUAUUGACGGAUCUUGUAACAACCUGAAACGUAAAUAUUUGGGAAAGGCGAAUACACCUUAUAAACGUUUGCUGUUUCCAGUCUACACAGAUGGUGUUUACAAAAUGCCAAAUAUUUACGAAGAAUUGCUGCCUAAUCCUAGAUCAGUGAGCACAAGUUUUGUAAAAGACGAGAACUCGACUGACCAAACAAAAACGAUGAUGAUGGCGUACUGGGCGAUGUUCAUAGGCCACGAUCUAUCACACACGCCAUUUUCUACUAUGGGGAAAGACAACAGAUUUGUAAAUUGUUGUGAUAAGGACAAAAGUAUUCAAUCUUCUCUGAUCAAAAACAUUAGGUCCUGCAAGCCCAUAUUUAUACCGAAUGAAGAUAAGUUCUUUAAAACAGAUCCGUUUGAUUGCAUGAACUACGUGCGUUCGCGGCCAGCAGUGCGUUCUGAUUGUACAUUUGGACCCAUGGAACAAAUGAACCAAGCUACCCAUUAUUUAGACGCGUCGAUGAUAUAUGGUACGACGGAACAACAUAUGAUGUCGUUGAGAGAAAUGGAGUACGGCCAAGUGAGGGAAAGAGUCCGAAUUAAGUAUCCGGUACACAAUAACAUCACUCUGGAAGACCCCGUUAAUAUGAACGUUUGUCAGAACGGUUCCGGCACUUGUUAUAAGUUUGGCGACAUUCGAGCAAACGCGUUCCCUCAACUUACUACCUUGUACAUACUGUGGAUAAAAGAACACAACCGGUUAGCCUACGAUCUGUCUCGAGAAAAACCUAACUGGACUGACGAUCAACUUUUCUGGGAGGCCAGGAAAAUCGUGACGGCGUGCAUUCAGCACAUCACGUACAACGAAUGGCUGCCGGCACUGCUUGGCGUUAACUACACCAAGGAAAACGGUUUGGGACUGGGAAACAGUACCACGUAUGACGAGAAUGCCGACCCGACAGUUAGCAACAGCUUCGCGACCGCGAUACUGCCUUUUGCCAAUUCCAUGAUCACCGAUAAAAUUAGUUAUUACGAUACCAAUGUGUUCAAUGAUAGGGAAAACAUAUAUCCUGUCUUUUGGAACGAUUCUCAAUACAUAAAAGAAUACUUAAAAGAAACUUACAACCGACCGUAUUUGGUGGAUCAUGUUUUUGACCUUGGUAUGAUUCUAAAAGGACUAUCUGUGCAGCCAACACAAAAAGUUGACAUGCUGUUUACUCAAACAAUAACAAAUUACUUGUAUAGUAUUGAUCCAAAUAAUUCGUUUGGAAUGGACAUUCUCAGCUUGGAUAUACAACGAAGCCGCGAUCACGGUAUUCCAAGCUAUACGAAAUUUAGAAAAUAUUGUGGACUCAAAGACAUAGAAAACAAGCAAGAUUUGUCUAAAAUAAUGGUGGAUGGUUCAGCUGAUAGAUUAUUGAAGCUAUACAAAACUUGGAACGAUAUAGAUCUAUUGGUUGGUGCAUUGUUGGAAAAACACGUUGACGACGCAAUGGUUGGCCCUACGAUGAGAUGUAUCAUUAGGGAACAAUUUGUGAGAACAAGAAUUGCAGAUAGAUAUUUUUAUGACGCACCAGGAGUAUUCUCUGAUUAUCAACUUAAAGAGAUCAAACAAGUGACGCUUGCCAGAAUUUUAUGUAAUCACUAUUGGCACGGAAUUACAACACUACAUGUCUUUUCGAGACAUGAGGUAUUUGAUCAAUCAACACUUCAUCACUGUGACCCGAUAUUAAUUCCGGAAAUCGACACAUGGAGUUGGUUUGAUACAUUUAAGUAAUAGUAAAAAAAGCUAAGUCUUUUUUAUAAGAAAAUAAUUUGAAGUGUUCGUAAAACAUAAAACUAUCACAUGAUUUGAAUGUAUAGCCAUAAUAUUUUGUUUUAUAUACCUACCUACAAAUUUAUAAAAUAGAAAUAUAUCAUAAAUAUCUUUGAUUGGGAUUUCAAAAUAAAUUAUUAAAUCUAAAAAUUAAUUGUACACAUUUGAAUAUGGAACGUUUUUUGAUAAUAUCUUCCUGGUAUAAAUACGUUUUUUUAUCAUUCUUUUUGCUUUUUUGUUUGAACAACAUAAUUCAAGAUGCUCUUUCUUACAAAACCACGAUGUAACUAGUAUGACUCACUGACUGUAUAGUCCCAUUCACCCCCAGUACUUCC